GGCCCAAUCCGACGGUCAUAAGUCACAAACCCACCAACAAAGACUUCUCGGUUGGAUCUUCUUCUUCUUCUUCUUCAAUCUCCCAAAAGGAAAACACCAUCCAAGCCCAUAUCCAUCGCUGUUCCUUCCUGCGUUGUUGUUUUCUCACCUUCUUCACCUCUAUCUCUCUCUUGAUCGACCGAUAGAUUGGACUGCACUUGUUUGCGAUUUCUGCUUUCUUGUAUUCAGAACACAUAUACGCACGCUGUUUUUGUUUUUCUUUUCUUUUUGCAUACUAUUUUGUUUUGGUUCUUUGUGAUCUCAAAUUGUUGUGUUUCGAUUUGUUGAUUCCGCGGCAAGUAAUUGGUUGGUUUUCUGAGCAUUCGGCCGUUCCGAUUUGGGGGUUUCGAAGGAUGCCAGUGAAACGAUGAAUCAAGGAGGUAGUACUAAUACCGUAACUACACUAGAGCAAAAUUCAGUUGAGAAACAUCAGGUUGUCUGCCCAAGCCAAGAGUACAUACCUUCUUAUUAUGCCCCCUCCAAGGAGAAUUUGAUUAAUUCUAAUUCUAGCUACCAACAGGAUCAGCACACAGAGCCUCCCAUAAGGAAUGUUCAGGAUGGGUGCAGUGGCACACCCCUUGCCUCUACUUCAAGUUCAGGAGCAGUAAAUGUACCACAAGAAUAUAAUAGCUAUGCAACAUACCCAAAUACUGAUUCGUAUGGAUACAGCAACACUGGAUAUGCAGGUUACUAUAGCGGCUAUCAGCAGCAGCCUAAUCAACCAUACCCUCAGCCUGUAGGAGCAUAUCAAAACACAGGUGCUCCUUAUCAGCCCCUUUCCUCAUUUCAGAAUACAGGGUCUUAUGCUGGUCCUGCAAGUUAUUCAAGCACUUACUACAAUCCUGGUGAUUAUCAGACAUCUGGAGGUUAUGCAAGUGGUGGUUACACUAAUCAGACCAACUUGUGGAAUGAAGGAAACUAUACAAGUUAUGCUUCUCAUCAAUAUCCAAACUACAAUUCAGACCCCAAUGGUGCUUAUAAUGCUAGUGCUUCUACUGCACCUUCACUGCAGUAUCAGCAACAUUAUAAGCAAUGGGCAGACUAUUACAGUCAAACAGAAGUUAGCUGUGCUCCUGGGACAGAAAAGGUUUCAGUUACCAGUACAUCUAAUCCAGUGAAUCCUACUUCUCUUACCGGCGGAUAUCCAACUUCAUUUAGCCAGCCACCUGCGCCUCAUGUUCCACCUUGGAGGCCAGAUUCUAUUUCCUCUGAAUUGGCAUCAGUGCAGGCUGGUGCAGUAAUCACUGGUGGCCAUGACAGUUACUGGACAAGUAUAGCUCCUGGUUUCCAAAAUCACAAUGCUAGCGCUCAGCAACCUCAGUUUCAAAAACCUUUGGAUUUGAAUCCUACUUAUCAAAGCUUUCAGGAUCAGCAGAUGACUGUAGGUCCUCAAGGACCUAACAUGCAAUAUCCUGCUACGCAUCAGGUAACCCAGAGUUAUCAAUCGUCCUUGCAAACUGUUCCAAAAACCGUUCCACCUUUAGAUUCGCGCAGGGUUAGCAAAGUGCAGAUUCCAACAAAUCCUAGAAUUGCUUCCAAUUUGGCAUUGGGAAUAACGAAAACCAAUAAGGAUAGCUCUGCUACAAGUGCAGCAGCAAAACCUGCCUAUGUUGCUGUUACUAUGCCGACUAUAAAUGACAAAAUUUUAUCUCAUGAUGGAGCUGAAUCUAUACUUAAGCCCGGUAUGUUUCCCAAGUCACUGCGUGGUUAUGUGGAAAGGGCUCUUGCUCGUUGCAAAGAUGAUAAACAAAAGGAAGCUAGCCAAGCUGUCAUGAAAGAGGUCAUCACCAAGGCAACUGCUGAUGGCACACUUUAUACACGGAACUGGGAUACUGAGCCUCUUUUUCCGCUACCUGGUCCAGAUGUGUCCAAUAAGGGCAGUGUACAGUUCUCAACUCCUAUUACUCCAGUGUCAAAGAACAAAAGAAGUCCAAGUAGGCGACCCAAAAGUAGGUGGGAGCCUGUGUCAGAGGAGAAACCAGUUGACAAGCCAGCAUCUGUUACUCUUGGUGCUGUAAAAUAUGGUGCCUGGGUACCUUUCAGCGAAACUAACAAAAAAGUUUCAGGUGGAAAAUUGGAGAACAAGGAUGGUGGUUUGAGCAGUAUAAGAUUUUCUUUCUCUGAACAGAGAACUACAAACAGAAAUAUCUUGAAUUCAGUUAAGAGGCAGCGUCUUGGUGACGCUCCAGAUGCAUCUAAUAACAGUGACACAUCCAGUGACAGUGAUAAGGAACAAAGUUUAACUGCAUACUAUUCAAGUGCCAUAGCACUUGCAAAUACACCAGAGGAAAGGAAGAGGCGGGAAAGUCGGUCAAGGAGAUUUGAAAAGGGACAAGGAAAUCGAGCAGAAAAUAAUCAUUUUAGAUCAAAAAAUGUUGGAGUUGGAAAUUUGUAUGCUAGAAGAGCUAAUGCAUUGGUACUUAGUAAAAACUUUGAAGAUGGUGGCAACAGGGCUGUUGAAGAUAUUGAUUGGGAUGCCCUCACUGUCAAAGGGACCUGCCAAGAUAUUGAGAAACGCUAUUUGCGCCUCACUUCUGCACCUGAUCCUGCUACCGUGAGACCUGAAGAAGUGUUGGAAAAAGCAUUGCUUCUGGUUCAAAAUUCUCAAAAGAACUAUCUUUACAAAUGUGAUCAGUUGAAAUCCAUUCGUCAAGAUCUAACAGUGCAGCGAAUUCGCAACGAGCUGACGGCAAAGGUUUAUGAAACUCAUGCUCGUUUGGCAAUAGAAGUUGGAGACUUAGCAGAAUACAACCAAUGUCAAUCACAAUUAACAACUCUUUACUCGGAGGGAAUUAAGGGGUGCCAUAUGGAAUUUUCUGCUUAUAAUUUGCUUUGUGUGAUCUUGCACUCUAGUAAUAACAAAGAUCUGUUAUCAGCCAUGUCCAGAUUGUCGGUUGAUUCCAAAAAGGAUGAAGCUGUAAAACAUGCUCUUGCAGUUCGUGCAGCUGUCUCUUCAGGAAAUUAUGUCCUUUUUUUCAGGCUAUACAAGACAGCUCCUAAUUUGAACACCUGCCUUAUGGAUCUCUAUGUUGAGAAGAUGCGGUACAGAGCUGUGAAAUGUAUGUCUCGUUCAUAUCGCCCGGCAGUCCCUGUUUCAUACAUUGCUCAGAUAUUGGGCUUCACCAGUUCCUUGCCUACAAGAGAAACAAGCGAGGAGAAGGAUGCAGAUGGAUUGGAGGAGUGUGUGGAGUGGUUGAAGGCUCAUGGCUCAUGCCUGGUUGUAGAUAACAAUGGAGAGAUGCAGCUUGACACAAAGGUAUUUUCUGCCCCUGCAUCAUGAUAGACCCCAAAUUUUGUCAAAUUUGUGUUUGGUCAGAGAGAGUAUAUAUUCAGGACUUCAUGGUAGUGCAAGUCCUUGAUUGAAUUUCUCAAUUAUAGCAGUCUGCUUGGUUAUGGCAUGGCGUGUGGCUUAUGCGCUAAAACUGAAUCAGCUGCUCCCCGGAAAUGAUAUUGUUCAAAUUAUUCUGAAUAAUGUCCGGCUGUGCCAGUAACGAGUUUAUUAUUUUUGAAAAUGUUUUCUUUUGUCUGAUCAACCAUGCUGCUUGAUUGGGACCGCUUUUUUUUUUUUUAGGUUUUGCAUCCAUAAUGCCAGUGUAUCUCUAGUUCAUUAAUCUAAACCCAAUAAUGUAUACAUCCGUGCUACUUUUAGUGGGUUUUGCAUCCAUGCUACUUUUAGUAACAUGUAGAACGAACAAUAUAUUGUUUUCUAUUUUGAUGUACUAAAUUAUAAUUGUACUUGGGAUGUAUAGAAUAAAAAGUAAAGAAAUGCUUAUUGUUUAAUUGUAUGCAUUAGAAAUAUAUUUAAACUUAACUGAUGUACUCCUGUUGGCUGUUGUGUUGAAGAUUUGCGUAUUCGGCACAUUUCAUUUUAUGCCUGCUUCUUGAAUCCGUGUAUUGGGAUGGCUUUUUGGCUGGUUUGUUGUUUUUAUGUAUAUUAUAUUAUAUUACACACUGACUGGAGUCUGGACGUGCAGGCCUCUCCUCCACUCUAUAUGUGCCUGAACCCGAAGAUGCUGUGGCCCAUGGCGACGCCAGUCUUGCUGUUGACGACUUUUUGGCAAGGAAUAUCUCGUAGCGAAGUUCAUUGUGUCAAAAAUCGUAUGCAGUGAAGUAAUAUGAAUAUUGUGUAACUUGUGCCACUCUCCCACCAACCUAAACCUAUGCGCAAAAAGAACAACCGAUCCUUACAGGCGGAUAGACUUGGGGGUUUGGGAGGGGUAUUUCUGUAGGGCAUUUUUUUUAGGGUAUUCACGAUCACAGAUGAACGAACUUAUGUAUCCCUCCCUUUGGAAAAUAUGCUUCUAUAGGUGGGCUGAGGAGGGCCCUUUAAUAUUAGUGUGGCGGUAAACAGUGUUUAGUUUGUUUAAUUAGUGAAACAUUCGUUGUUGGCGAACAACACCAAAAUAUAUACGAGAGGGGAACUUUUCGGGGGAAAAUAUCAGCUGUUUGUAGGCUUGCCGGCCGGCCAGGAAUUGUAACGCUUCUUAUCAAAUCCAACCUUAAUUUUUCUGUUUU